CACAGAAGGCACACACACACCAGUUGGACCAACACAAUCUCGAGGCCCUCAAAACACUCCUCCCGGAGCCUGCCCUCGAGAUCGUGAAGGCCAACGCGGCGCCAGGUGCCACGCGCGCGCUUGCCGACCCGGCGCUUCACCUGGGCGACUUCCCCUUCGAGGUCCUGGUCCGCCAGCGGCUCCUCCUACGGGUUCUCCGUCCCGAGGUGCGGUGUGCAUGCGGGGCGGACGCGGACAACGCGCACGCGAACGUGUGCCCGUUGGUCCCCGGAGGCCCGCGGAUCCAGCGUCACAACCACGUCCUCUCGGCCAUCGAAGCGUGGGCUAAACGGCUCGGGUUCGCGGUGGUCGCGGAGCCCCGGGUGAGCAGCACGAGCGGCGAACGGCUCGACCUGAGCAUCGCCGCGGCGGGCGGGACCUUCGCCACGGACGUGGUGAUCACGUUCCCCGGCCGGGCCCGCAGCGCCCAGCAGAACCCCCUUCAACAGGCGCACGCCGCGAAGAAGCGGAAGUGGGGCGACUGGGCGGCAGCGACCGGCACCACGUUUGCACCGGUGUCGCUCGAGUCGACCGGGGGCCUCCACAAGGAGAGCUUCCACUGGCUGCUUGCCGUCGCGGGCGCCGCCAACUUCCCGUUCUCCACGCGAACCGCCUUCGAGGAACUGCUGUCCUGCAUUUCCCGGGCGCUUCACGAAGGCAACGCGUACGUCUUCGAGGCGGUGCGGGCCAACUGGGCGAGGCGACUGUUGACGCACUAA